AUGUCUAGCUCAUACUUCAUCGAGCCACAGGAAACCGAAAAGAAGGACGAUACGUUGAUUAUUGUCGUCAAUGACGAUGGAACCCUCUCCGUUGAUCAGGCAACCUUGCAGAACUUGAUAAUGAGUCAAACGAGCAGUAAUGUUAGCGUAGUAAGACUAGGACAUAGCGACUCUGAAAAUGGGGACAUAACCUUGACAGUAGACCCACCGCCAUUCGCGCAUCCUACAACGAGCUCGGUAAGCGGCAAUGCCAGUACUGACCCGGGUGGGUUGGUAGAUUUUAUGGAGAUGGAUCCAGAACAGCUGGAAAGAUUAGAGACAGCUCUCCAAAGUGAAGAGGCAAAGCAGAUACUCGGCGAGAAUGUGACUGCGAUGCUUGAUAUGUUGUCGGUAGAGGAACAGCAAAAUACGAUACGCUACAAUAUACAGUUGGAUCAUUGCUACACGAGCAGACUGUCGCCCAACGAUCCGAUACCAAGAGAUCCGUUGCCAGUCGCGGAUGAUUCGUCCGAGCCCCAUAAUGUGCGAUACGUAUCUCAACCGACCUCCCCUCGAAUGACAGUUAUGCCAUCAUCCGUUGAUGAUGCGUCGGAUAACAUUGGAGCUAAGAGCAAGAAUAUCGUAAAGAGUACACCAAUACAGAACAAACAGAUCAGUAGACCGAUUCGUAAAGCCGCUGUGUCUACGCCUGGAAGCACGACUGGACUUUCUAGAGCUAGUACGAGCAUCGUGGGGACUCCCCAGGUAUCAGGACAUCCAAUGCCGAGAAACGUGAAUGCUCAGCAAGGAGUAUCUAAAGCACAAGGUAAGAACGACGAGGAAGAAGAGGAGGACGAGAUGACGGAAUCAUCCUCGGAAUCCUCGGAGUCGGAGCCGCCGUCUGACAAUGACAGCGACUCGGACUUCGGUCCUCGCAGCGUGAAAAGGAGCAACGUCAGGGCACGAGGAGGACGAAAAGGCAUCGCCACGAGAGGUGGUAGCAUGACCGCCGUACGAAGAAGAGGCCAGAACAAGCAGAUGGACAUGGAACAGGUGCGACGUUUGGACAUGGAGAUGGCCGCUGCUGUUAACGCAAUGAAGACUCCGGAAAAGGACGACAAAGCGGAGAGGUUUAGCCCCACCAAGAGCAAGAGACAGGUCAAGUCUCUUGGCGGGAAGAAGAAGGACGAGCCGCAGUUUGUGGAAACGCCCCCGGCGUCGGUGUCGGAGCCGUCAGCCGCGCACGAAAAACCGCUCCAGACGACGAACCAAGUGAAGGCGAAUCUGAUCAACGCCAACAUGAUUAAAGGCGACAUGAUACUGACUAAGCCCGGCCAGGGCAGAAGUCCGCAGAAGGUUACGUUUGUGCAGAAACAAGUGCCGCUGAAAACGAACGAGCUGAAGAACGUCGGGCUUAAGAAACCCGUAAUGGUGUCCAAGGGAAAAUUCGUGAAUCAAGUCGGCACGAAGAUAUUCCAAACCAAAGAUGGAAAAUUGAUACAGUUGCCGGUCACGUCUAAGACAGCGAGCCCGAGCACCACGCAACCGGUUGCUCAAACGAGCGCGACGUUGCCGCAGUCGCCCACGGCGCAGCAAGCUGUACUGAAUGCGACCCCCGCCAGCCUACCGGUGCAGCAGCAGCAGCAGCAGCAGCAGCAGUCGAAGUCUCCCGCAUCAGCCGGCGGCACACCGUUGACCAAGACCAAGCCGAGCGACAUAAAGAAGGAAAAGAGAAAAUGUGAUGCGAUGCUGGAGCAACUUCCGAAAACGGAGGAGAGUCUUGUAAAGUCCCCGGAAAACAAAGCGUUAGAUAGUGCGAAGAAAUUGAAGAAGGACGUUCGGAAAGCUCCGGGCUACGUGGCGGACACUCUCGGCCCCGCGCUCUUCUCAACGCCGGACAUCAUCCGAAGAGUCGGCUCGAACAGUGACGGAAAGCUUCCGGACAACACCGCGGCUCCAGGCUCGUCCGUUCCUGUCUCACCAGCCGUUUCCUCGAAUGUUGGCGUCCCGGUCGACUCGGACGUGGCACAGAACACAGUCUCCAAUGUCGCCAGUAAGAAGAUAGCGCCUAGUGCUAGUCUAGAGCAGCCUGCUCAGCCGGAGCCGCAAGUGAGUCGGCACGAGGGUAGUAGCAGUGCGAUGCCGGAGAAAGAGGACGAACAAAAGCCGGAAGUCAAGCCACCCGUGACUGAAGACUUACCGCCGUCCUUGGAUUCAGUGCCAAAUACUGCUUCAUCAGAGGGAAAUGUACAACCUGCGGUACUACCUCAUGUUCCAAAUCAUGUUUCUAAAAGUAGUGGGAUAGAGGGAGAGGAACAUCUAUUGGCUACUUUAGAAAUGGAGGCCAGUAAGCACGAGGAAGAACUGCUUGCCGAAGCAUUAUUAUUGCAGGAACACUUUGGAGUGGAUUUAACGGAACACCCUGCAUUGGUUGAUCCUGCACCACCAGUGUCGGAACCGUUAGCAACGAGUAGCAUACUUGCUCCUACGUUAAUGCCAAGCGAACAAGAAUCACAAGAAUCGAAGCCCGGAGAAGUGACACCGGCCGCUUCAAUGAACACGUCGAAAGAGAUGGGCAAAAAGAAAGAUGACAAAGAACCGAUUCAGAUUGUUCGCGGUGGUCGUGUGAUCACGUUACCGCCCAUCGAAGCACCUGCCACCAGAAGCAAACGGUUGCAGGCAAAAGCUGAGACGCCACAGAAAAAUUCCGAACCGAUAAAAAAAGUGGAAAAGUUUACCCCGCAAGGUCAGCAAGUUCAGCUGGUACAAACGAAGGAAGAGCUAAGAACGGGCGCGAAUGAGGAGGAGGACGAGGACGACGAGGACGACGAAGAGGAUAAUUCAGACUCGGAGGACGAUCCAGAUCGAUUAUGGUGUAUCUGCAAACGACCGCAUAACAAUCGAUUCAUGAUAUGCUGCGACGUUUGCGAAGACUGGUUCCACGGGAAAUGCGUGCACGUCAGCAAAGCCAUGGGCCAGCAAAUGGAGGAAAAGGGCAUCGAAUGGGUCUGCCCGAAUUGUCUGAGGAAAAAAGCCGAGGAGGAGAAGGCGAAGUCGGGUUCGCAGUCGGUGCCUGGAAAACAGAAGACGAAGAUCGAUCCGAGCAGUGAGAGUUCGGUGUUGCAGGCUGUGCUACCGGCGAAAGAAGUGCCCUCGUCGAGCUCCUCCACUGACAACGGCAUCGCUCCAGUCUCCGGCACAAUGCAGUGCGUCGUUUGCAAGAAGGAAGCCAGAAACUCGAGCAUUUACUGCUCAGACGCGUGUAUUCUCGCGCAUGCGCAAGAAACUUUAACCAAGGACAAACCUGCUACGCCUGCUACGGGAUCGAAAUCGACCAAGUCGCUAAUCACGGACGCUGCGAAGCUGAAAAGCGAGGCUCGAGUUAUAGUUUUCGACAGAAAAACUGGUAAAGUUCUUACUGGUGCAGACGCUCCUACGAGGUCGAAUCUGCGGACAUGGCUGAAAGACAAUCCAACUUUCGAAGUGAUAGGAGCUAAUAAUAUUAAUACGCUUCAGAUAGGUGGGAAACUCGUCACGCAGAUUCAAACAUCCGGGAAAACUGCGAAAAUAACGCAACUGUCGCCAGUUAAAGUGCAAACCAUACCAAAGAUGAUCUACGCGAAGGUAGCUGGAUCGAAGCAAACCAUCCUGACAGCCAGUAAGAAAAUUACGAUAAUUCCAGCUACGCAGCAGCAGGUAACCGUGUCAUCGAACAACAAGUCGGCGCAGUUGAAGCAGACGAUAAUCGCGACAACGCCGGGAAAAACUGCCGCGAUAUUGAAAGUGGCAACACCGAAGACGCAAGUCGCAACACCGACACAGGUGCGGGUCCAAGCGGCAGGUUCGCCGAAGCCGGUACUAGUUAAGAAGCAAGAGACGAAGCCGUCGCCUUCCCAGUCGAAGCAGCAAACGAAACUGACGCCGGUGAGGAAACCGGAGGCGGAGCCUAUACGAGUGAACAUCCGAAAGACGCUGACGGAGUUACUGUCGAGUCGUAUAAAGGAGACGGAAGAUUUGAAACUGUCGGACGAGGAGAUUGCCGAUCUGGCAUUCAACAUAGAACUCGAAAUGUAUAAAUACUUCAAAGACACCGGUUCGAAGUACAAAGCGAAGUACAGAAGCCUCGUGUUCAACAUUAAAGACACGAAGAAUCUGACGUUGUUCCGGAAGAUCGCGGACCGCUCGUUGACGCCGGACGCGGUGGUGAGAUUGAGCCCGGACGAGAUGGCCAGUCAGGAGCUGGCCGAGUGGCGGGAGAAGGAAACGAAGCACCAGUUGGAGAUGAUAAAGAAAAACGAGCUCGAUCUGAUGGCUCAAGCCAAGUCGAUUGUCGUGAAGACUCACAAGGGCGAGCAGAUAAUCGAGAACGACGGUGGCAUCGAUCACGUCGAUCCCAAGACGCCGGUGCAGGACAUCGUCACUGCAUUGAACAGCGGCGACAGCAUCAGUUCUACGAUCGACGGCACGGAGAAGGACAAGGACAAGGAGGACAGACCGAAGUCGCGAGCGGACGCGAAGAAAUCCAAGGGCACGGACGAGCGGAGGAGAAAGGACAAGGAGAGAGGCAGAGAGCGCGACAGCAGCAAGGUCAAGGGCAAAGAACGGCGGGAGAGGAGUCACAGUCGGCAUCGUCACAGCCGGGACCGCAGCAAGACGCGAGACAAGAGCAAGGAACGCAAGUCCAACCGAAACAAGGAGAGCAGACGCGACAAGGACAGGGAGAAGGACAAGGAACGAGAUCGGAAUAAAGAUCGGGAUAAGGUCGGCAGGAGGGAGAGCAGGGAGAGAGGCCGGCAGAAGGAUCGACACAAGGGUAACGACACUCGUUUGAGGAAUCACAGCGAAAGCAUCGAGCUCAAGGACGUUGAUAAGAGGGAGGAAGAUCGCAAGAGGGACCCGGAGAAGAAGAAGGACGGCUCGCCGCCGCCCGCGGCGGAGAAGCCGAUCGAGGAUCGCCUGUGGCGUCACAUAGAAGACGAAGCGACGACGAACACGCUCGAUGGAAACGACUCGGACGUGUCGGACAGAGAGCCCAGCUCCACGGUCACGAUCAAGACACCCGAUAUAAACGAGGAGCCGGAAAGAGAGAAGGAGCAGGAGGUCGACAAGGAAACCUCCGCGAAGGGAGCUUGGCACACCGUCUGGCGCGGUUUCGUCAAUAUGAUCGACGUCGCCAAGUUCUUCAUAACUGCACAAGAAGUGAGCGGCAAUGCGAAGGACCUGAUGGACGAUUUGCCGGACACCGUUGACGUCGUCGGUAGGAUCAGUCACGAGACGGUGUGGGACUACAUCUCGAAAAUGAAACGGACUGGCUCGAAGGAGAUCUUGGUCAUCAGAUUGACGGCUGCGAACGACGAGGAGAAGAUCCCGUAUAUAACUCUGUACAGCUAUUUAAACAGUAGGAGUCGCCUGGGCGUCGUAGGUAAUGUCUCGAAAAAUAUCAAGGACUUCUACAUAAUGCCGUUCUCGAGCCAGAGUGUAGUGCCGCCGGUUCUGCUGCCGCUCACCGGGCCCGGAUUCGAGGAGAAUCGGCCGCAUCUGCUCCUCGGCAUUAUAGUACGCAACAAGAAGAAACGGCUGAUGGCGGUACCGCCGGUCGUGCCCGCGAAGGUGGCGAAGAAGGAGUCCGACCGAAGUUACACUCCGCCAUUGGUCAGUGUGCCGAAGACUUCGUCACCGCCACCCUCGUCCUCGUCACCCAUGCUAUAUCACAAGGCACCCGCGCUGGAGUCCGCGAAGGAGAAGACCACGGUGACGCAGAUGACCCUAGAAUCUCUGAACAAGGCGCACAUAGGUAUGUCGCGCGGCAUAAUCGACACCGCGACCAUAUGCAAAAUAGUGCCCGAGUUAUCGUCGAAGAUCGACUUGACCUCGUCGCCCGGCAAAGUCACGUUGGACGAUGACGGCGACGAGCCGUACAGUCCUGGAGAGAUGGACGACGACGUGAACGAGCUGGAGGCCGUCACCGACAACAGCGUCAUCCUCUCGUCGUCCAGCAAGAAUUCCACGGAGUUGCAGAGGAAGAUGGACGAGUUGAAUCGGCAGAUCGAGGAGCAGAAGCAACAGAUCGAGGAGCAGAAGCAACAAAUACAGAAUAUUAGCUCGUCGUUUCUCGACGAAGCGACGCCGACUCUGCCGGGUUUGGGAUUGGAUCCGCCGAGCAACGACUGCGAGGAAGCCUACAGUCCGUCGGACGCGCGCUCCUUCACCCCGCCUCCGCCGUCGAGUAUCAGCAAGUUCGCGCAGCCGAUCCUCGACAAGGUGUCGGACAUCACCAUACCGCCGAAUCUGCAAGAGAUCCUGGCGAACGUGAAGCGGCAGGAAUCCUCCAAAGUGGACCCCUACCUUCCGUCGAAACCCAGCGCGUCGUUCUUGCCCACGGCUAGCACCACGUCGCUCUACCAGAACACAAGCAGGUAUUCACCGUCUUCUUCCAGGAUCGGUCAGUCGGAGAAGGUGUCGCCGGAUGCGCCGAAGGAGAGUAAGAGCACGCUGAGCAGCCUAAGCGAUCUGGAUCUAAUCCGGAAAGCAGAGGAAGAGUUGGCGGCAGUCGCGGCGGCAACGGUAGCGCCCAGCAUGGCCGUGCCACCACCGUCACUGCUCGCAUCUCCUGGCAGUACUGGCCUCGUGUUGACGCCACCGCCUGUCGGCCCGAUAAGCGACUCCCCGGUGACGCCGCCGCCCCAAGCUCUCUCGUCGAUCUCGCUCCCUUCGGAACCGGUGCUGGAACCGUACAAGCCAAGUCUUCCGGACUCGUUCAAGAAGACUUUCGCUCCGGAGCAGCCGAAGCCGCCCGGUCUCGAGGACGAGGAUUUCCCGGCGUUCCCGUCGACCCCGCCGACGAUAGACGCCUCGAAAGGGGCGUCGUCCACGGCGACGGCACCGACGGCCGCGCCCCUCUCGAAGGUCUCGAGCAAGAGCGGCAUCGUGGUCAAUAUAAAGCGAAAGGUGAACGACAGCACUUUACCUGCUAAAGUACCAAGGACUAAGUCGCGUUGGGGUCAAGGACCAUCCGAAUAAGUCUGCCUCCGCGAUGGCAUUAUAAUCUUUCUACGCUACUCAACGAUCGUGUUAUCGUUAACGCGCGUUCGGGGACGUGCGUCCAGAAUAUUAUAAUUUUACUCUCCGCCGCGACGGCGCUCGGGGAAGCGGUAAACUGCGAAGCCUUGCUGUAACUUGUAACAUAAAUUUGCGACGUACCCAUACCGAGGGAAAAUUGUAACGCGUAUCUUGGCAAGUUGCCUGCGAGAUAUAUUUGUGUGCGUGUGUGUGUGUGUAAGCGAGGUCCACGUGCCCGCAGAGGCGAAUGGUCGCGCGCGUUUGCGUUCAAUAUUCGUCAACUCGUUACGCUGGGAGCGAGUUCCCGGGCGGAGCGUAGCGUACUUCCAACGAGAUACAUUGCGGUAGAGAUAGAGCGUCCUCUUGUCCCGCUUGUAUGCGAGGGAGGAAAACCUGGUGCGUCGUACAGUGGCAUUUGUAUCGAUAUGGACUCGAUCCGCAAAAGAGAGCGAUUCUAUUCCUACUUCCAGAAUCGUCCAUCCAUUACUCUGUCCAAACGUCGAAGCGAAUUAAUUCCUCACGGAAGCACUCGUUCACGAGCACGUACCUUGCGAGAGUCAUUUCCCGGCUUUCAGAGUUCGAUGUUAAUCCCGGCGACGUUCUCCGCGGGGAUGACGCAGGAAAAUGUUUCGCGAGGUACCUAGGUAAGUUCAGUGAGUAUACAUCUCUCCGUUCGCGUUAGGCGUAAGCGACACACGCGAGAGCAGUUACGUUAACGACACACCGACACACCACCGCAGGUAUAGGAGCAGGCAUCAAGAAAACCGUUAAAAAGAAGAACAUGAUCGCGCCUAACUGACGUGCCAGUAGAGACGUGAACGCGAGACGUGGCGAGACGGUUUCGCGUGACUGCGUGUGUAUGGAUAUCGCCAUCGCAUGUUAUCCUUGUAAAUACCAAAGCGAAAGGGUAAAUAAAAACUAAGUAGUGAUGAUCGCGUUGCGCUUAUACACGAUACCCAGCAGCGUGAUGGGUAUAUAUAUAUGUACAUAUAUUACAUGUGUAUGUAUAUAAGCGUGUCGAAGUUUUUCUGUAAUAUAUUUUAUUAAAAACUGGUCACCUGUCCGUAUCAAUGAUAAGCGGAGGCUCUAUUAACGCUCGGAGGUCGGAUACGCGGGAUGUCAAUUUCAGAAGAUCGAAACGCUUGGCUUGGGCGCGAUGCGAUCGACUUUUAGUCUACACAUUUUUGCUCGGCAGGAAAUAAUUUAAUAAUAAUAAUAAUAGGAAAUAUUUGCCAGAGGUCGACAGGAGAGAAAUGAUGAAAUUUUAUUUCACGAAAUGCAAAGUAAUAUGCACACGUGUACACAAGUUUGUUCUAAAUUUUCUUGAGGAGUUCAUUAUCGAAUAUUUUACUAGAUUUAAUCAGUUGUCACUGCGAUAUCUCUGACACCGAGAGAGAACGGCUGCGUUUCAAGAUGACAUCCUGUGCUUAGAAGCGAUGUAUUAGUUCGUGAGAAUGCUUGCGGUCGAUCCGAUUGCAAAUGCAAGCGAUCCGAUUAUACAAGCACAGACAUGCAAUUUGACUGUAAAUUCGCGAGAAUUCGUGUACAGCGCAGUUAUUAUUGCAUGCAUAGGCGUGCAUUUCAUAUAUGUGCAUACAUAAAAUGCUAAUUGUAAGUUUACCUCUCUUUCUCUAUCUCUAUCUCUCUCUCUUUCUCUUCCAUAACAUGAAAACUCUAACUACUGGAAUCAAUAAUAUAUCAUUAUUCAGAGCGUUUAAUUUUAUAUAUGUGAUUAGUUAGAUGAGCACGUAUCAUGUGGCAUAAAAAUGCGUGAAAUGCUAUAUUGUAACUGUAUUUUUAGCUAGAUUUUUAAGCGCUCACACCGGUGACAGGUAGAAAUUUAUGUUUGUAUCUUGUAAAGCUUCUGCGAUAUAUUUCUGCGAUAUCAUUCUUUCAAGAUAUUUAGUUUUGUACUUUGGUAUGUUCGAAUAAUGGUGAGAAAAUUGAGAAUGUUGUAAGGUGCUCUCAUCGGUAUGGUAACGAACGCAUAUACAACACGUUUCUUUCACAUAUUUGUUUGUCUCACAUAUUUUUGAGUUUCCUCAUUUAAAACGCGGGAUUUAGCACAAAAAUGUAGCCAACUGAUUUCUGUAUUUUGCGUACGCAUUCUCGCCGGUCUCUUCCAACGUUUUCUAUUGUCUGCGAGUAGAACACGAAAUGUGGCAUAGAAUAAUAACUGAAAAACAACUGUCAGGCUGGAGUUGAGUUCGUCUGCAAUAUAGUUCACGUCGGCGAAUAAAAGUGGACGUUAGUGAAAACUACUGAAUUUUCGAUUGCAGAGUAUCAGGCUAUGACGCUAUCGGUUAAUUUACCGAUUUAACUUCGAGAACGCGACACACUAAUAUUAUGGUACACUAUAAUAUAGCAUACGUAUCAUUUACAUGGAUUAUAUUAUACGUUUGUUCUGCAUUAUCUAUGUUUAAGGAUUAUCUUGUAAGGAUUAGCCACAUUACUUUAUCAUCCAUUUUGUACUGCGAUCCUCGGCUGAUGUAACGCAGCAAUUCUUCAUUAUUAUGUACUGUGUCACUACUAAUAUUAAUCUUAAUCAUAAAGAUAGUUACGUACGAGAUGUUUGUUUUUAAUUAAUUAAUCAUUUCUUUACGCUUGUGAGCAGCACGCAUUCCGAGAUGCAAUAUGUAACGUUUAUAACGAUAUUUCAAACUAGCGUAUAAUAACUGGUAUAAUAUAGAAUAAGAGAAAAGAAA